AAGUGAGUCGGGCCCACAUUGGCUCCUCCCAGUUCCGGCCGACGCGUAGCUCCAGCCCAGCAGCCCAUGGUAAAGCGUGACCAAAAUCGCGUUUGCCGACGCGCCCCGGCCCGACAGUAACCGGCGCAAGCGCAAGAAAAGGCAGACCACGAACAGGGAACAGGAUGCAGGCGUGGUGCUCCGGACCCUGGAUCGUCUGACCAGCAACCGCCGACAGCAGCCACCACAAACCGCGCGAGCAAUGUCCCUGCCGGUCCGCCCAGCAGCGGGCGGCGGCAGCGCUGCAACGCCGGCGGCCGACGAUGGGGACGCCGCCACCCCCGGGCCCCGGUACCCGCCGGCGCGACAACAACAACAACAACAACAACAACAACAACAGGGUCUGGCCGUGCGCACACCGGGCCAGCUGGCCCGCAACGUCCGUGCCGCCAGCGUGCCCCACCGCACCCCAACCAACCGGCCCGUCGCCGCCGUCGCCAACAACAACAACCGCAGCGGCGGCAACGGCCUGUCCGCGUCGGCACGCCGCCUCAGGGCGCCGUCGGUGGCCGGCCGCGCCACCCCGCACGCCCGCCGCGCUAUUGAGACCUUCCGCGACCGCCGCACCGCCGUGCUCAACACGCCAGGCCGCAAAAAAGGGCGGCGGUGGCGGCGGGCGUCUAGCCUCGGCAGCCGCCGCCGCCGCGCGGGACCGGCGCCGCAGCGGCAUCGUCGAGGGCAAAGGGGACGGCCCACUCGACGCCCUGCGCACGCUCAGCCGGCGCCUGGCGCCCCUGUCGCAGCGCGUCGUGACCUCGUCCUCCCCCGGCGACACGCCGCGCCGCGACGACAAUAGCAGCAUCGCGGGCGAGGUGGGCCGCCGCCAGCGGGACCCGUCGGGCAUGUUCCUGGACGACGACGACGACGACGAAGACUCGGACUCGGGCUUCAUCAAGCGCCGCCCGCGCCUGUCGCUGCCCAUCGACGCCGGCGACGACGACGAGGCGGAGCUGCAGCGCCCCCAGAUCUCGGGCCUGCUGGACGACCACACGGCGCUCUCGGUCGAGGCGCCGCGCCGCGCCGCCAGCGAGCAGCCGGGCGGCUGGGGCCGCUUCGACCGCCAGAGCCUGCGCAUGAGCGACUUCUUCGGCGGCCGCCUCGACCUGUCGGACGAGUUCGGCCCGCCCGACGACGCCGGCGGCGUGAUGCCGCCGCCCUUCUUUGAUGACGUGGACGACGGCGACCGUGCGAGGAGAGACGACGAUACUUAUGAACGCCUCGACUCACCUGCCGGUCGGCGGGAGACGCUUGGGCCCGGCCGCCAGAGCGAUUUUGGCACCAUCGAGGUCCCGCUUGACGUAGACAGUCCUUUCCGACUCGAGCCUCAGAUCAACGAGACCACCGAGAUUCCCGGCCUGGUGUUUGGCGACGAUGACGACGAUGGCGGAAACUCGCCCCUGGCCUCCCCAGACCCGGGCCGAGGCUCACCCGAUGCAGACGACCAUGACCUGAACGGCUACGACGCCGCCUCGGUCGACGGCGACCUGGAGGAAGCGACGACGUCGGGCGCGACAGCAGCCUUUGCCGCGGCCGCGGCGCGGAGGCCGGGCGAGAGGCUCGGGAUCAAAGCCGACAAGCCCAACAAGAAGGGCCUCCGGCUGUCCAAGCACGGGAACCCAGUCCCGUCGCUGCCUCCCGCAGUGGUCAAGCGCCUGGCCGAGGCCAUGGCCCGGACCAGUGGCGUGGUCGGCAACGCAAAGAUCACCCCCGAGACGCUCCGCGCGCUCAUGCAGGCGACCGACUGGUUUUUCGAGCAGGUCGGCGACGACCUCCGCGCCCUCGCCCACCACGCCGGGAGGAAGACGAUCGAGACCAGUGACGUGGCCAUGCUCAUGAAGAGGCAACGGCAGAUCGACUCUCAGACGACCGUCUUCUCGCUCGCCCAACGGCAUCUGCCCAGGGAGCUCCUGCAGGAGCUACGAAUGCCACCUCGGGCACCCCCCAAAAAGCGCCACCGGGAGGCUCGUCAGGCCGCAGCAGACGACGACGACGAGACUUGAUUGGGGGAGGUGGUCAAGAAGGGGUAGCAACAGGAGCUGCCACCCUCUAGUUUGCUAGCAUCUGGGCUCCGCCCACGCCGCACCCAACCCAAGAUGAUGAUAUCGCAUGCCGUGAGAGCGCGCCAACGCCCUGGGCUCGGGGUCACCACCCCUUGUUCAUGCGAACGCGACGGGCUACGUCUGAUGGUGGCUUCUUGACCACCAUCCAGAACAUUACAGACGUGGCGGCAGCGAGGCCAUACCUUGCAGUGUGACAGGAAGCAUUAGCGACCAUGCCCAUGGGGUUGGCUGGAGAAAGCGGCGUUGACACGUGCAAAAGAAGAUGCAGUGCGCAACAGCACUACGCCAACAAGUAGGACGCCAGAAGGUGGAGGGAGGUGCUUACCAGGUAAAAAUGUACUGGGCAUGGUUGUUCCUCAGAUUCACCUCAGGGGCCCUGCCGAUCGGGAUGCCCCUGCUUUGCAUAUCUAGGACCUCGAGAAGACCAGGCUCUGGGAAAGAAAGGCGGGUUUCGUGGUCAGCAACGCAGUAUGACUGUAACGAGAUAUCACGAUAGUGAAGGGUGAGCGUCAGGGGCGCGAACCGAAGUCGCUCCCUGGAAGUAUAUAAAAUGAAAUCCUAAACUUACCCAUCGUCGCCUCGAUCCAUAUAGGCUGGCUGCCGGUCAGGCUGGCCAUCUGCU